AAACAAACACUCAGCGGCCAUUGUUUUUCACUGUCUCGGAAGUAAGAGUUCGAAAGAAACAAGAGUAACUGACACUUCCAGCUUUUGAACCUUCGCCUGACAAAAUGAAAGACCCAAGUCGCGUCAACAACAACCCAAGCCUCAACAACAGCGAAUUUAUCCUACAUGGACAGUUCAUCAAUGAUGACAAUCCCUUUGCUGAAUACAUGUGGAUGGAGAACGAGGAGGAAUUCAACAGACAGAUUGAGGAGGAGCUGUGGGAGGAGGAGUUCAUUGAGCAGUGUUUCCAGGAGAUGUUGGCGGAAGAGGAAAAUGAAUGGUUCAUCCCAGCCAGAGAUCUCCCUCCAACCCUCGGUCAGCUGCAGGACCAACUCAACCUACUGGUCCUCUGUGACACAGCAAUCGUCGACGGCCUGGCGGUCAACAGCAAUUUGAACCCUGAAGCACAAGAAUUCGUACCAGGGUUGAAGCACUGAGACUAGUCCUCUGAUGAACAAAUCAUCUGUCCACACUGAAGCCAGUGUAGGAAGAUCUAUUGGAGUUCUGUUGCACUUAAUGUGUUGCCAAAGUUUUCCAGCCAGCCCUGCAUGUUUAAAGUUUUGAAUAAUGUUGUGUAUAUAAAUCAUAUGUUUGUUGUAACUCUUCUGAAUGUAAAAACAGUGUAGGAGCCAGAAUACUUUUUACUUUUAUUUCCUAUUUGAAUAUUGUAGGCCUAUGUUAUGUAAGUAGUUCUAACAUACCUGCCCCAUCAAAUAAUACUUUUCUGUUCAAUCAAAAGUAGUGGUUCGUCUCAAAAUCACAAGAUGUAUUUUUCAUUAGAUCUUGGUUUGCAUUAUGAAUUCAGAGAACAUAUUUCUUUAUACAGUCUCCUUUUGUUGAAAUGCAGUUUGCUAUGAGAUUAAUAUUUAAUAUCUUAGCCUGGUUAUAUAACUGGAUGUUAUAAGAGAUAGAUUACCUACUUUAUAAUGGAUGUCUCUUAUAUUUGUAUGUGUAAUACGUUUUACUUGCUUUUCAGAGCCUGAAAUGCCAGGCUUAUUUUAGAUUUUAUUUUCAUUUCUUCUCUGCUUCCUGCCAUUAUCUUCCAGAGCCUGGUGCUUGAUAUCCUACUGCCAUGUAGAUGUAGACUUUUUUUUUUUAUACACCUAAAAGGAAAACUACUGUAUAAAAACGCACCAAAAGUAUUGUACAAAACUACCCCCAAAUAAUAUUUUUUCUUAAAAGUAUUUGAAAAUAAAUGUUGAUGGACUAUA